AUGAGUCGCCCGACUACUCGCGCAAAAAAUGCUAGCCAACAUCCUGGCAAAGUUUUGCUAGAACUGCAACGCAAAAGGCGUACAAAGGCUGAGAUCGCAGCAGCAAAGAAGAAAGAAGAACUUACGUUGGAGCAAGUUGAACAAGGGGUGCGAGCAGGACUUGCAGCGGUGGCAGCAAUUGAAGAUAAGCAGGUGCUUGAGGAUGGGGAGGCUUCAUUGACAAUGCCCCCACUCUCUCAGCGCCACUUAGUUCAUUGCAUGAAUAGCAUGAGGGCUGUACCUGAUAGUGAGGAAGAGAGAGGAAGAUCAGUUACAGCCAGUGAGGAUGGAGAUGCUGUAGCAGACCUCUAUGAUGAUGAACCAUCCCAGCGUCAAGGAGUCAUUCAGUCACAGGAACCAAACUACGACGAUAUCAAAUCUUCGCAGGUUCCAAAUUAUGACUACCUUGAGUCAUCUCAGCCUCAGCACUACAGGCCAUUUGAGCUUCAGAAAAACAAGAUGGAGCUCAGGUCGACACCAGAUGAACAAUCCCAGGCUGCAGGUUCUGACUCAGAUCAUGCAGGCUCAGAACUUAUGGAUGAAAGAGAAACUGCCUUACCUUGCACCCAAAGAAGCAAGGUGAUUGAAAUUGAUUCCAGCGACGAGGAAGGAAAGGGUCAAAGAAAAAAUUUGAAGGUAACUAUGAGUGGGAGAACAGCUGUUACAGUGUUGCAAAAGCAGCUAGCUGCACCAGGUGCUCAAAGCAACAUGGAGGUUGCGGCUAUAAAACUGGUGGUGGCUCAAGCUGGUGGCUAA